AUGGGGAUCGACCUGGUGGCUGGCGGCCGCAACACCAAGAAGCACCGCACCGCUCCAAAGAGCGACAAUGUGUACCUGAAGCUGCUGGUGAAGCUGUACCGCUUCCUGGAGCGCCGCACGGAGAGCAACUUCAACGCGGUGGUGCUCAAGCGGCUGUUCAUGAGCAAGAUCAACCGGCCGCCGCUGUCCCUCUCCAAGCUCGCCAAGUUCAUGGCCGGCAAGGAGGACAAGGUGGCGGUGCUGGUGGGCACCGUGACGGACGACGUGCGCCUGCACGAGGUGCCCAAGCUGCGGGUGACCGCGCUGCGCUUCACCGAGACCGCGCGCGCGCGCAUCGUCAAGGCCGGCGGCGAGUGCCUGACCUUUGACCAGCUCGCCCUUGAGCGCCCGACCGGCAAGGACUGCGUCCUGCUGCGCGGCCCCAAGAACAACCGCGAGGCCGUCAAGCACUUCGGCCCCGCCCCCGGUGUGCCGCACUCCAGCACCAAGCCCUACGUGCGCUCCAAGGGCCGCAAGUUCGAGAAGGCGCGCGGCCGCAGGAACAGCCGCGGUUACAAGGCCUGA